AUGCCCUUUCCACCGACUCGUACACCCGCUUCGCGAGCAUCUCUUGAAUUGCCUGCCCCGAAGACCAUAGCCCAGCUAACCCUUGAGAAUUUAUUACAGGGAGCGAACCCGGUGGGUGGUGCACCAGCACAUACCAAAUUGGCCUCGCUGCCCAGCACAAAGGGCCGCGAUGCUAAGCCCCGUCUUCUUCUGAUGGGACUUCGCCGGAGUGGCAAGUCUUCCAUCGCAAGUGUUGUUUUCCACAAGAUGCCACCAAAUGAAACCCUCUUCCUAGAAUCCACUACGCGGAUCCAAAAAGACUCCAUUCACUCCUUCAUGGACUUUCAGGUCUGGGAUUUCCCCGGCCAGCUUGAAUACCUCGAACCAUCCUUUGACCUCGAGGACAUCUUCGGCAGUCUAGGGGCGCUGGUGUGGGUGAUCGAUGCGCAAGAUGACUACCUAGACUCGGUCGCGCGACUCAACCGCACAAUCCUGACGGUGCAGCAAUACUACCCGGGCGUCAACAUCGAGGUGUUCAUCCACAAGGUGGACGGACUCUCCGACGAGUACCGCACCGAUACCUUCCAGGACAUCGUGCAGCGCAUCUCCGACGAACUCAGUGAUGCCGGAUAUGAGAAUGCACCUGUGCACUACUACCUCACUUCGAUCUAUGAUUAUUCCGUAUUCGAGGCUUUCAGCAAGGUCAUCCAGAAACUCAUCCCCAACCUGUCGACUCUGGAAAACCUGAUCAACACCCUGGCCAAUAACUGCGGGUUUGAAAAGACCUAUUUGUUUGACGUACUGAGCAAGAUCUACAUCGCGUCCGAUACUCGACCAGUUGACAUGGCCUGCUACGAGAUGUGCUCCGACUACAUCGAUGUGAUUGUCGACGUCUCCGAGCUUUACUCGUGGGAUCAUCCAGAUCGAAAACCAAAGGGUGAACAGAUCCAGGAAGCUGAGAGCCAUGUAGUCCUGCAUGAUGAGACCAUGAUCCACCUGAUGGAGAUGAACAAAUAUCUGUGUCUUGUCUCAGUGAUCCGCAACCGUGAAGCGAAGGAGAAGCGCGGCCUGAUUGACAUGAACUGCCGCACAUUCCAGGAAGCGCUGAACGAUGUCUUCUCCCGCAGUUGGGAACAGGAGCAGGGGCAGGAGGAAGAACAGCAUGCCGCUGGGCCAUUGGAGUCGGAUGGGUAG